UGUCCUCGCUGCACGAGCUCGGACUGCUGGAGAUAUCUGCGAGGAGGAGGAGCUGUCAAAGUUUGAGUUUCCCAGAGAAAGAAAAGUCUUUUACUAAACGAGAAAAAAAAGAUUUUCCAGUUUUGAUAAAGCGGUAUAUCGCGUGUUGUUGGCAUGGAAUGACACCUUCUCACCGGGAGCUUCAAAAACACGAUGGCCACCCGUUUUGUGAAGUGGAUCAGUCUCACCUCUCUGCUCUGCUUGGGCUGCUGUGUUCUGGCGGAAAGGAAAGUUUGCCAAGGCAUCAGCAAUCGUUUAAACCUUCUGGGUUCCAAAGAUGACCACUACCUGAACAUGGUGAAGACCUACAGCAACUGUACUGUGGUCCUGGAGAACCUGGAGGUCACCUACAUGGAGGAGCACCGUGACCUGUCCUUCCUCACGUCUAUUGAAGAAGUGGGCGGCUAUGUGCUGAUCGCCCUCAACACAGCAUCCAGGAUUCCUCUGCAGAACCUGCGCAUCAUUCGAGGUCAUUCGCUCUAUGAGGGAAUGUUUGGCCUCGCUGUGCUGACCAAUUAUGACAAAGGGACAGGUCAGGGCACCAAUGAGCUUCUUCUGACCAACCUGACAGAAAUUCUUAAAGGAGGUGUAAAGUUUGGGACCAACCAGCCAUGCAAUGUGGAAACAAUACAGUGGUAUGAUAUUGUCAACACUGAUAUCAAACCCAAAAUGGUGCUCCCAUCGGCCAUUAGCCAUCCACGUUGUAAAAGCUGCGACCCAAGCUGCUUCAAUGGCUCAUGCUGGGCACCUGGUCCUCAAAACUGUCAGACCUUAACAAAGCUGAAUUGUGCACAGCAGUGCUCAAAGAGAUGCAAAGGGCCUUCACCCAGCGACUGUUGUAAUGAGCAUUGUGCUGCGGGCUGCACAGGACCACGGCCCACUGACUGUCUGGCCUGUCGGGACUUCCAGGACAACGGGGUGUGUAAGGACUCCUGCCCGGGCCUCAUGCGCUACGACCCCAACCUGCACCAGCUGGUACCCAACCCAUUUGGAAAGUACAACUUUGGGGCCACCUGUGUAGAGAGCUGCCCACAUAACUAUGUUGUAACUGAUCAUGGAGCUUGUGUGCGGACGUGCAGUGUUAACACAUAUGAGGUGGACGAGGGACGAAUCAGGAAGUGCGCCAAGUGUGAUGGACUGUGCCCAAAAGUGUGUAAUGGGCUUGGAAUAGGAAACCUGACAAACACAUUGUCUAUCAAUGCCACCAACAUUGAUUCCUUUAAAAACUGCACAAAAAUCAAUGGUAACAUUGCUAUCAUCAAGACAUCAAUUUAUGGUGAUGACUAUACCAAAACACCAAAGAUGGACCCUGCCCAGCUUGAUGUGUUUAAGACAGUUAAGGAAAUUACUGGAUACUUGUUGAUUCAAACAUGGCCAGCGAGCAUGAGCUCACUCAGUCCUUUUGAGAAUCUGGAGAUCAUCCGAGGACGAACUAAGCGUGGUAGCCGCAGCGUGAUUAUGGCUCAUCUUGAUAUCAACUACUUGGGCCUUCGGUCCCUCAAAGAAAUCAGCGAUGGAGACGUGGUCAUCAUUAAGAACCGGAACCUGUGCUACGCCAACAAUAGCCACUGGAAAGGGCUCUUCAAAUCAGAAAGCCAAAGUGCUACCAUAGAAGAAAAUGCUGAUGCUGCCACAUGUGCCCUGCAAAACAACACUUGUGACAGGAAGUGUGCCACGGACAGCUGCUGGGGCCCUGGCCCGGACAUGUGUUUUGCCUGCCGUGACCACAGCCGUGGUGGGAGCUGCGUUGACUCCUGCAAUAUCCUGGAGGGAGAGCCGCGAGAGGCCGUCGUGAAUAAAACCUGCAUAGAGUGUCACCCCGAGUGUCAACGCUUGAAUGGAACCGCAACCUGCAGUGCGCCUGGUUCUGGAAACUGUACUAAGUGUGCCAACUUCCAAGACGGCCUUUUCUGUGUUUCUCGAUGUCCCCAAGGCGUGCCAGGGGAGGAUGACAUGCUGGUGUGGAAAUACGCAGAUGAGAUGAAAGUGUGCAGGCUAUGCCACAAAAACUGCACUCAAGGGUGCAUGGGGCCUGGUCUCCAAGGCUGCCCGAGUAAAAGCCCCUCUGGCCUUUCCAUGAUUGCGGCUGGUGUAGUUGGUGGGUUGCUGGCUGUUCUUGUUGCAGCCCUGUCUGUGUUUGUGUUGCUACGCCGACGCCACAUCAAGAGGAAGAGAACCAUGCGUAGACUUCUCCAAGAGAGAGAGUUGGUUGAACCUCUGACUCCAAGUGGAGAGGCUCCAAACCAGGCUCUGCUGCGAAUCCUGAAGGAACCUGAAUUUAAGAAAAUCAAAGUGCUAGGAUCCGGAGCUUUUGGUACAGUUUACAAGGGCCUGUGGGUUCCAGAGGGAGAGGAUGUGAAGAUUCCAGUAGCCAUCAAGGUUUUAAGAGAGGCCACAUCACCAAAAGCAAACAAAGAGAUCUUGGACGAGGCUUAUGUGAUGGCCAGUGUGGAACACCCCCAUGUGUGUCGUCUGCUUGGUAUCUGCCUGACCUCCACAGUGCAGCUCGUCACCCAGCUGAUGCCCUACGGCUGCCUGCUGGACUACGUCAAAGAGAACAAAGACAAUAUCGGCUCCCAGUACCUGCUCAACUGGUGUGUGCAGAUAGCCAAGGGUAUGAACUACCUGGAGGAGCGGCACUUAGUACACCGUGACUUGGCAGCAAGAAAUGUCCUGGUGAAGACUCCUCAACAUGUCAAGAUCACUGACUUUGGUCUGGCUAAACUCCUCAACGCAGAUGAGAAAGAGUACCAUGCAGAUGGCGGAAAGGUACCAAUAAAAUGGAUGGCUCUUGAAUCUAUCCUGAACAGAACAUACACACACCAGAGUGACGUAUGGAGUUAUGGCGUAACAGUUUGGGAGCUGAUGACAUUUGGGACCAAACCGUAUGAUGGGAUUCCAGCCAGUGAAAUAGCUGGGGUCCUGGAGAAAGGGGAGAGACUGCCUCAACCACCAAUCUGUACCAUAGAUGUCUACAUGAUCAUGGUGAAAUGUUGGAUGAUUGAUGCGGAUAGCCGACCUCGUUUCCGGGAACUAAUAGCUGAGUUUACAAAAAUGGCCAGGGAUCCUUCUCGAUAUCUGGUCAUUCAGGGCGAUGACUGCAUGCACCUGCCGAGUCCUACAGACACUAAAUUGUACCGCAGCCUGAUCAGUGGGGAUGGAAUGGAGGACGCUGUGGAUGCAGACGAGUACCUGGUGCCGCAACAUGGCUUUUUCAGCAGCCCGAGCACCUCCGUCACACCGCUGCUUCACUCCACAAGCCUCAACAGUAGCAUUGGAACGUGCCACAGCAGAACUGGCUUAUUGAAUGGAUUCCCGAGCAGAGAUGGAAGCAUAGUACUCCGAUAUAUUCCUGACCCCACAGACAAACUUUUAAACAACGCCUUCCUGCCAUCUCCAGACUACAUGAACCAGAACGGAGUGUCAGAUGUGAUGAAUCCCAUCUACCAGCACCCUGGUCCACCUCGCACCAUCCUUCCCACCAUCUCUUCAGACGACACAGAGACAGAGUACCUGAACUGCUUCAAAAACGGGGCCUACGGACCGGAGUACCUCAACGAGGUCCAGUCCCCCGCUAUGCUCCCGCACACCACCAAUGGCACGGUCCACAGCAUUCAGAAAUACCAGCCACAAAAUAGCAUAGACAACCCUGAUUACCAACAGGAUUUCACUCCCACCUUCAAGACUCACGCCAACGGACACAUCCCAGCAGCAGAGAAUACAGAGUACCUGGGCCCAGACUGAGGACUUGGUGGAUACAGACAAUAAGUAUGAGACUGUUUCCUGUUCCAUUAAAAAGGCGCAUCGAUGUAUUGGCUGAGAAAGCAUAGCUAAGUGAUACCAUCAAUUAUCAUAUAUGUUCUUAUGGAGUUAAGUGACACUUUGUGCAGCUUUCCGUGUUGUGCGCAUGCAGUCAUACUUGUCACGCAAAACCCAUCUCAUCCCAAAGACUUUUUUUCCUACCACCAAACUACAAAUGACUUUUUCUUGAUGACUACAUGGCUCAGUUGAUCUGAGAGUUGCUGGACCGGAUGCGCUCCAUCCAUAUGUUUCAACCCCUGUCAGAAAGUUGUGCACAAAAUGUUGUAUGUGAUCACAACGCCUUUUUUCUAGGAGGCAGAAGCUGGCAGCUCAACCCAAAACACAAGCCAAGUGUGUUGUAGAAUCAAACAGUUCACACAAUCAGUCAACAGAAUUGAAAUGUUGGAAUUUAAAGGGUUGACAGCACACAGUGGUGUUCUCGCUUGAUGCUGAUGUGAAGGCUUGGAAUAUUUCUCUGUGGUGUCAUGACGGGAGAUUUUAAAAAUGCCGGCUCAGCUGUUGUGGUCCUCAGAGGCCUGACGACACUCAUUUUGAAGGAUGAGUCAAGGAGGAAACAAAAUGUUGCAAUGUAUAGAAUCUAUUGUCAGUUUAAAGGGGAAUACUGGUGAAUUGUAUUGUUUAAAUAUGUUACUUUUAUGCUCUAAGACAGUUCUGUAUGUAUUACAAACGGGUUGCUGUCUCUCUUAGAUUGAAACGAGUGAGCGUUUCCUGUACCCCUGAAGUGUGAUGAUAUCACACUACCUGUGCAGAGAAUGUUAUGGUAAAUAUAGCAAAUGUGAUUGUAGUUGUAUUCACACAGCUGUGUUGUGCAGUUCAAAACCUGCAGCACGAGCAUGAAGCCUAUUUGUGUGGACCCACAAAGUUAGCUUAACUUUGAGCAUUAUAUCAGUAGGGCACAUACAUUUGUGUACCCAGGAAGUAUUUUCUGGUCUGGUCUUACUGAGUAUUUCCCCCAUUAGUAUCUUAACACUGUCUGCAUUCACACAGUUUAUCAAGUGUUUACAAUACAAAAAACGUUACCAAGAAAAACUAAAAAGCUUCAAAAGAGUUUUCUUCUUGUUUGGAAUAUUGAUGGUACAACUGUCUUAGGUCAUGUGAGUAACUUGUUUGAAUUGUUAGAUUAGAAGUAGUAUUUCCCUGUAAACAUGAGUUGUUUUACAUACUAUUUGAAUUGUUCAAGUCAGAACAAAGAAUGUGUCUAAUGUAUCUAUAUUAUUUCAUGGAGACUUUUCUUCUUUUAUUUUAUUUUUUACAAAAGUGUAGACUGUUGUUUCACAAGGGUGUUGACACCAUAUCUAUGGAUCUGCUCCUAGCUUCUUAGCUUUAAAGUUUGUAUUCUUCUAAGAGCAUUAACUUUGCAAAUAUUAUUCCUAGUUUUAAAGGAAUAUACUAUUGUAGCAACCUGAAAUCCCUACUUUUGCAGAUUUUACACAGGUACAUGUACAGAAAACCGUGAUUAUACUGUAUACCCCAAAAUAGUCACCUAUAAUUUAUACUCAUUACAUAGUUUUGUCACAUCAUACGUGAAUAUGCACUUAUUCCUGAAUUGUGAUUAUUUCAUUCAAAGGUGAACAUGAAUAAAUCUUUUUUUCUAUGGAAA